UUCUCUUGGAAAAAAUGGCAGUGUUUUCCUAUUACUUCAGGACUUCUAUUGUGUUUUUAAUGAGAAAAGUGAAAGACUAGAGCUCAUUGGAAAUGUCUGCUAUCGGGAGAAGAGGAGCUCCGGAGCCUUAUUGGGGAAACGCACCUUCCAGAAAUCCGGAUUUCAAGCGACCCCGGAGGCUCCUGGCUCGGCUCAUGCAUCCCGUCAGCACCUGGCUGCCUGACGGCCCCCUCUCUGCACACCACGCUCACAGGAGCCCCAAAUACGUGUCUUUUGUCAACAAGGCCAUCUUGUGGGAAAGAGGACUCUGUCACUACACUGCCCACGAUCGUCCAAAUGAUCGUCCCUUAAUGUGUCCUCGGUUUCUGUCUCACAUGAAAGCUGGCCCCUCAGACCUCAGACCUCCUUGUUUCCUGAGUUCCAAGUCCAGACCACCGCCUCCAUCCCAGGGGAGGAGGCUGAAAACACACAUUCUCAUUACAGCCCCGCGGACACAAGCGCUGGAUGGCUACUUCCAUCUUAAUCCAGACAGAAGAGGAAAUCAUGUGCAGAUUACAGGAAGGCCCUCUUCUGUUGUUGUUCCCUCUCUUCCACUGCCUCCUACUCCACCAUCAUCCACCAUCAAUCCAACAACCCCCCUCAAACCCAACCUUCACCCUGACUUUGAGAGACAAGAGAGCAGGCCCAACUCUGUGCCAGCGUCUCCCUCCUACCCUCAUCUUUCUCAGGAAGAACAAAAUGAACAUCAGCAGGAGGAGAGAGCGCCACAACCUGCUGUGGAGGAGUCAGACUGGAAGCUGCAUCUUGGGCCUGCUGGACCUGAACUCUCCCCGCCUCCAGCUUCUACAACCUCACAAGGGUCUCUCUCAGAUUUAAGUCGUCCACCGUCGAGUAUGUUCAGCCGCAGCACCAACCUCGCCAGUGGCAGGAGCAGCUUCCUGUCUGAUAUCAGAGACUCUGAUUCAGACGGGAUCUUUUGCUCUCCGCCGCUCCAUCCUCGUCCAGGGAUAAAGACACCUUUGGCUUCACCCCCUCCAGCAGGAUCCAACCUUUGCCAAUCAUCCACAAAUGCUACAACCACCCCUCCGCUCUAUAAACCUUUAUUCGGCCAUACGACACCCCUAACACCUCGCCCGAAGUCAGGUGACAGUCCUCAGUCAGAUAAACCUCUGAGCAGGCGUGAAACUGCAAAAGCAGAGAAUCUUCACCGAGAUGCUUCCAUAGAUCCUGCUCUCCACCCUUCCUUGGAGUCUGAUCAUGGCUUCGUCCCCUUAACUUUCCCCUCUGCUACUUGGUCUUCGUGCCCGAGUCCACAGAUGACCACCCCCCGCUCAGGGUCAGGACCAAAGCUGACCCCCUCCCCAUCUCUGCUGGAGUCUAAUCGCUGGCCUGUCCUGCCUCCAAUCUCCCCUGUCAGAGGUCACUGUGGCUCAGCAGCGUCUCGCUACUCGGAGCUCAGCUGCAGUCAGUCUCAUGCAUUCGAUGAACUGGAGGCCAUCGCCCCUCGGUCCAUUUCCUGUCAUUCUCUGGACCUGCCCUCAGACUCAUCCUGUAGCCCUUCAUCUAACACAGAGCUUUCUCCAGGCCUUGCGGCGCUGACGGUGGGCUGUGACUCGGGGAAUCUGGGCUCCCUGUCCCGGGUCCAGCUGCUCCUCCUGGACCGCCCGGAGCCCGAGACCCUGCUGAGCCCCUUCCCUCAGGAAGAGGAGCUCUCACCGUGGCAGGACUGGUCCGAUGUCAGGAUGGAAAAUGAGCAGGGAUUGGCUUCAGGAGGUGUUCUGAGGCCCCUCACAGCUGGCAGCAUCUCUGAAAGGUGUGACUCCGCAGGGAAAGUCCAGGAAAACAAAUCGGAUGGGUCUGACAGGGGUUCUGGGUCACCAUCAUCAUGGAUCAUAGAUAAGAGUCCAUCAUGCAACAUGUCCACACCCACCCAUUCUCCCUGCAGUUCCAUUCCGGGUUCAGAUGAAGGGGGCCCCAUCGAAGAAGAGUCCAAUUAUCCUGGUCGGGGGGAACAAGUCGAGUAUUCUGACGGAGGAAGGAGGCCCGGGGGUCUUGACACCAGAAUUGAGGAGAUUCACAGAAGGAUGGAGGAGAAGAAAACAAAGGUGCUGAGCAUUCUUUCCAAACUGCAGGCCGAAACGCCUCAUCAGCAAAGUGGCAACAAAGGUCGCUCCAACUUCGAAGACUGUGAGAGUAUGGACCUGGGUUAG